AUGUCUGGCGUGUCAGAGCUGAGAGAGUGUGAUGAGGCGAGUGUGCCAGUAGAGGGCGAUGCUGAGGUGCUUUUGGAAGAAGAUGAGGAAGAAGAUGAGGAUGAGGAGGACAAGACGGAGAGCAAUAAAGAGCUUUUAGAGAGACUCCGAGAGCUGGAGGCAGAGAACACAUCACUGGCUCUGGCGAAUGAGAGUCAGAGAGAAGCGUAUGAGCGAUGUUUAGAUGAGGUGGCGAAUCAUGUAGUGCAGGCUCUACUGAACCAGAAGGACCUGAGGGAGGAGUGUAUAAAGCUGAAGAUGCGAGUGUUUGAUCUGGAGAGACAGAACCGAACUCUGACUGACUUCCUCACACACAAACUACACUUUUCCUCAUCACCUUUACACCAGUUCUCCUCAGUCUCGUGUGCAGAACACAGAUCAGAUCCAUUGCGAAUCGUCAGCGAGACACCAGACGCCAUCACCUCUCAGAGGAAAGUGAAGGACGAUGAUGAAUGUGCACAAAACAUCACAGAAAGCGCAACUGAAGCUUCAUCGUCAUCCAUGGAGGCCAUGUCUCCAUUCCUCAAGAAAAAAGCACACAUCCUGGAAGUUCUUCGUAAGCUGGAGGAAUCAGAUCCCCUGAAGUUUCAUCCAUCUGCUUGCUAUCAUCAUCAUCGUCACACACAGUCGCUUUUUCCAGCUGAGGUGACAAGCAUGGUGAACCCGAAUCCACAUCAACACCAGUGUAGACAGUCCAGUUCAGAUUCGGAUCUUCACGAACACACUCAUGGCAGUGGUGAUGGACAACAAGGCAGUCAUGCAUCUUUAAACUUUGGAGGUUGUCCAUCUUGUCUUAUCCUCCAACAGAGAUCAAGCUUGGAGUUGCUUAAAGGUAAUCAAGGACUCAGUGUGUCAUCAGGUUCUGGUAAAGAAGAGACAAAAGGACAAAUGUGGUCAGAAGAACGUGGCACUUCAGGACAGAGCACUGAAAAAACUCUAGCUAUGGACAAAACCAAUCAACCGAGUUCACAAGAUCCAAAGAAAGACUGCAAAAAAAGACAAUCAAGCAAGAUAUCACCUACAAAGUCAAAAGGUACCACUAAAUAUCACCACGAUAACAAAUCUGAAACUACUCCAUCACCAAAAGGGGGGAAAAUGAAGGAGUCUCUCAAAGUUGCCACACCAUCUGCGAAACAAGAUUCUGAACUCUGCAAUAGAGACUUCUCAACCACUAAAGAAACUAUAGUCUCCAAGAAGCCAUCAGUUGGAUUGUAUUCUUCAGCUUCAUUGCCUGAGAGAAGUACUUCAGCAUUUUCACAGCAGCAGAUGACAGAAAAAAAUUCUACGCAAAGUCCAGCUUCCAAACCUUCAACAUCAACACUCCUGAAGUUGCUCAAGAUACCUUCAGCAUCUGAGAACAAUGCAUUUCGCUUGAGUCCUCAGCUGACACGAAAGUCAAAAAUCCCAUGCAGGAAUAACUAUGAAAUGCAGACACGGAAGGCGACCACAACAGAACAAACUUCCUGCUCUAAAACAGAUCUGCACCCUGGCACCCAUUCAGCUCCGACAUCUCCACCAAAUCCUGAGGAAACAUCAUCCGUCCCUAUAAAAGAUCCAGAGUUUAGUAGCCACUCUGCCCCUAAACCGAGCAAGGUUUCUAAAGCAGGUGCUCAGGCACCUCACUAUGAAAAUGUUGUUAGUCCUUCCACCACACCUACCAAAGACACCACAGAACUUUCUGAAAAGCAAAAAAUGAAUUGGAGAGAUGAAAAGGUCCUUCAUCCACUUUCCUCAGAUUCAUCAACGAGCACAAGUGACUCUUCUUCCUCCUCAUCGGAUCAGGACACAGACACAGAAAGUCCAGUUUGGCAAAAACCUGAGCACCAUUUCAGUCUCCCAAACUCGUCAUCUUCUGCAGAUAAAGCCCAGAGGAUGAGCUACCCCAGCAUGAAAGAUGGAUAUCAUGAAAGAGAACCUCCAGGAGCAUCUCCAAAGGGCGGCUCUUCGAGCGCGUCUCAGGUCGUGGUUAAGAGAAGAGACAGACAGCCAUCAGUGCAAGACAGGAGAGAAAUCAUUAGCAGCUACAGUGAGGCGAGUUAUCACCCAUUCAAAGACCGUUUGGUGGUUCUCGGAAGACUGCAGAAUGUAGAAGAUAUGCAUCACCCAGGAGUAAAAAGGGGAGCACAAAGUAAUGUUAGCAGAUCUGCUGCAUCCACUGGGAAAGGAGAACAAAGCAAAACAGCAGAAAGACAAAUCGAGAGAAUCACAUUGGAACAGCGAAAACACACCGGUUCACUCGAAGGAAAAUCCUAUCCUAAAAAUAGCUUUGGUAAUUAUCCUAAGAUACACGCAUCAUCAGCAGUAGCAGACAGGAAGUACACCACAAAGCCAGACAGUCAAAAGACCAGAGCUGGAAUGCCAUCAACAACCUCAUGUGAAACCCUUGUAGUAAUGCGAAGCUAUGGGAAGGGUUCCAAGCCCCUGAACAAAACAGUACCAAGUCCCCAAAGCAGCCCAACCAGAGGACAAUCCAAGUCUCCGUCCAAGGCUGGAAAUGCUUCUUCUUAUCCUCGAGGAGUGAAACCAGUUCAGGAAGAGCAUCUGAACCUUCAGAAGCAUCUGUCACCCAAACUCACAGCUGGGAAGAAAAAAACUUUUACACAUGUAGACACGUUCCCACCUCCCCUUCCAUCAAAAUCUGCACUCGACUCAGCCAAGUCUGCUCAAGACAAGAGACUUUCUGUCCCGCAGUCCUCCAUUGAGCAGAAGGUCAUGCGAGGAAUCCAGGAGAACGUGCUUAAACUGCAAGAACAAGAUCGAGGACAAGCUGUGGAAACAAAACAGAGAGCAUCCAAUGGGAUUGCGAGUUGGUUUGGAUUGAAGAAAAGCAAGCUUCCUGCCCUGAGUCGCAAACCAGAAAUGUCCAAAAUCAAAUCAAAUGCAUCUUCAUCGUCCACUUCCUCAGGAACGAAAGACAUCUCAGGGGCCAAAGGAGGGUCCAGGAAGGUAGCAGAAAGUUUAAAUAUCUCAAAGCUCAUGGAGAAGGCUGAGGAUUUACGAAAGGCCUUGGAGGAUGAAAGGGUGUACGUGAAAGGAGUCGGAAUUCCUCUUGAUCGUUCAGCGAGAGGACGCUCGUGUGAAGUUAUCGUGGACCAAACGCAAGGUCAAUUAUCGCUGAUGUACGCAGGCGUGACGGGUGACAGCUUCAUGCAACAACUGCUGAACAGGGUGGAUGACAGAGGAGCAUCCAGUUUUGGCAUCAUGCACAGACGUCUCUCCUUCGACUCGAAAAGGUCACGUCCUGUUUUCGGCCAUCAGCAAAGCUCUGUCCGUCAAACCAGGAGCGGGGAGGAGAUCAAAUGUUCAGAAUCGAGCCGAGGUGAUGACGUGACGUCUGAUGAGAGCCUGCCUGAGUCCAUCAGCUCGCAGCACUUUAAAUGCUCCAUGCGCACUCUGGACAGUGGGAUUGGGACGUUUCCACUUCCUGACUAUGCGAACAACGCCGCUGGAAAACUGAACCCUAAACUCCAAAACUCGUCUGUUUCUCACCAAGUGGCGAUGAAACCUUGGAAAACACAAACCCUGGAGGCAGGACUCGCGUCUUUAGACGAAGUGAGCACUUCUGUACUCUACACGUCUCCGCUAGAGGCCAAGGGAACAAGUGCACAUUUGUCCAGCGCCAUCCAUGAAGAGAUUGACGUCUAUGGAGCUCAUUUUCAAGCCCCGCCCACUGCAAACUGGGCGUUUCCUAAGCCAAGAGGAUCAGAGGGACAGAUGGAGCCACCGAGCCCAAAAACUCCAUCGAAGCGGGUGAGAGCGCGAGAGAAAACACGAACACAGUGUGCAGCUGUAACGCUGAGGAGUUUGGAUAAAGUUCCUCAGGUUCCUCGUGACGUGGAACCAAGAAAUGUUUCACUGUCAGGAAGACGGCGGGGGAAGAGCCGAAGUCACAGAGCCCAGGAUACGGUGAAAGACAGAAAUACAGAUUUAAUGAAGGAACCAAGUGAAGAACUUUUAUCUCCAAAUCGGCCUGCAGUGUCCGAAACGCCGGAGUCCCUCAGCGACUCACUGUGUGUUGUGUUGUGUGAGGUGCGUUGUGAGGUGCGUUGUGAUUUGUGUUGUGUGUGUGAUUGUGAUUGUGAUGAACUGACACUGAUGGAGGAUUAUAGUUGA